AAAUAUCGGUAUUUACCGCCCAACCAUGAAUUGAAUACCCUUUCUGCAUCUUUUGAAUCGUUUAAUUUGUAAUGAAUGAAUAAAGAUUCACAAUUAAUCAAUAUGAUUAAUACUGAUGCCUUAACACUUUUUCCACAGGGAUUGUCUACGCGCAUUACUGUGUUGAGGAGUUCUGCCUUGGUGGCGAAGAAACGACUGUAUGUAGUUGCGAUGACAUGUGCCAAUUCUUUGGUGAUUGCUGUCCAAACUACCCUCUGCCAAUCUCCAGCGGGACUCUGUCAAACGAGACUCUGUCAGCCGAGACUAUAUCAAACGAGAAUCUAUCAAACGAGACUCUAUUAGACCUUGACGUAUGGGAAUGUAUCGUUGAUACUUUCCUUCCACUAUUCUACCCAGAGCUCGGACAUGGUUACAGGAUGAUUGCUAGGUGCCCAUCAGGAUGGUCUUUAGAGGAGGAUGUCAAACGAAACUGUGAAGAGGUUCCUCACAAUGGAACUAUAGAUGUUCUUUAUAUUUACCAGGACACGUACUUUAGAAACCUGGGCUGUGCUACUUGCCAUGGGUAUGAAGAAAGUUCCUUGACAGCUGUUGUCAUUUCAGCAGACCAACAAUGUUCGUGGGGAUAUAAUAAUACCCUUGAAUGCAUGACCCCAAUGCCCACAUUACAGUCCAACGUUUCGAUGAAUACCAGCGGAUCUGAUAUAGAUAUGUCUACUGUUCAAACUAUCCCAAAACCUCGACUUUGCCUCGUGAAUACAACGGAAAGUUGUCCAAACGGGACUAAUGAACAGAUAUCCCGCGAGUGUCAGUAUUAUUACAAACCAUUCAUUAGUGAAGGUGUUGUAAGUAAGCAUCCUGCAUGCAGUAAUUGCAAUGGAGGUUCCUCUGUCAGAUGUCCUAUAGAAAUGUCUGUUGAUUUUUCAGAUAGAAUUGCACAAGUAGAAUCAAUGGAUCGAGUUGAUGUAGGAAUAAUUGAAAUUUUUAAAAUACCCAAACCCAUCAUAACCCUAGCAUGCAUUGAAGGAUUUGAAUUGGAUGAUAAUGGUGACUGCGCUCCGAUAUCAUCCGAUUGGCCCGUCUGUCAAUCCAAUCAUUUUGGAGUCAAACAAAGUAACGGAACUGUAGAGUGUUUAGAAGAGAUGUUUUGUUUCAGGGAGGUGACCAUAGACAAUAUUACAACAUCUGUAAUACUUCCACUACCUUGUCUAGUAAGGUCUUCAACAGACGUGGUUAAUGAUACUAUAACAUUCAGCUUGAUUUACAGAAAUGACAUGAACCCAUCUCUUGAUAUAAUCCAGAGAGACAUCAUACAUCGACUUCAAACUCCUAGCCGAGACGAUUGCAAGGACAUAGUAAUAUCAGCUAGUCAGUCCUGUUAUGUCGAAGACAACCCUGGAAACAUAACACAUCGUUGUCCCGAGGAAAUGUUUGUUGGAUACUAUUUGGAUUUUACGCCUUCUCUUAUCAACAACGAGUCUCUUAUUUUCUUCAAUGGAACUUAUAUUCGUCCAAAAUGGUGGAGUAAUAUCACCAACAUGCAGUUCAGCAAUGCCAACGUCUCGUCAGAGUAUCAGUUUGUUGUGUGUGGGACCGAGAUUGUUCUCCAAACCUGCUCUUUCUUCACGGUUUCCAAUGAUUCCAUUGAAUGGGACUACCAAGAAAACCAGUCUGUUAUUCUGUAUCAAGGUCAGAUGUACGACACAGAGGACAUUCUGAUUCAUCCCGAUGGUUCCAUAAGCAUCUGCUAUAUUGAUCAGGUCACACCCGUUGAUAGGACAUUGAUGAUCCUAGGACAUGUUCUCUUUGCCAUAUCAUCAGUUUUUCUCUUUGCUACAUUGAUUACUUACGUUGCCUUUUCUACCUUGCGGAAUCGUCAAGGUGUAUCCAUAAUGAAUUUCAUUGUUGCGUUGUUCCUUGGACAAAUCUUCCUUCAGUACAUACGUCUUUCAGUCUCCCAGUUGGGAAUACCUUGCAUAGUCGUUGCUGCGUUAUCCCAUUUCUUUUUCCUUGCUUCGUUUGUUUGGACGACUAUCCUUGCUUGGGACCUGAGUCGAAGCUUCGCAGCAAGUAAGAUGAAAUCGUUUUCAUCUAGCUCAUUUGGUCGUAAGAUGGUGGCUUUUCUUGUUAUUGGAUGGGGCACUCCUCUCGUCUUUGUCUUGAUCACUUUGGUACUUCAGUUUGGAGGAUUUCAGAAUGGUCCUUUAUUGGAAUACGACAAUAGUAGAUGCUGGCUUGCCAAACUAUCUAGCAUAGUCAUGUUCUUUGUUCCAAUGUCUGUAUGUCUACUUUCCAAUCUCGUGUUUUUUGUCAUCACGGUACAUGGAGUUCAUUCUACCAAGAAAACAACAUCGGUGCUAAAAUCUGGCCAGGACUCUCAAUUCAAACAAUGGGCGGUUGAACUCAGAAUAUAUGUCAAGAUCUCAGCUCUUCUUGGAUUCGCCUGGUUAUUUGGGUUCUUAGCUAUGGUCAUCGAUGUCCCCUUUAUGGACUAUCUCUUCGUCAUCGUCAUCAGUCUCCAAGGCGUCUUCAUUUUUAUUUCAUUUGGUGCCAACAAACGAGUGAAGAAACUCUGGCGAACAUCCAUGGAUAACUCAACGCUGUGGACGACUCUUUCUCGGAGAGAGUAUUCAAGAGGUCGAAGUAGCACCGGAACACAGGAUGGACAUAAACCUUAG